GACAUGGGCCGUUUGUGCCGUGGAUUUUCCCAACUCAAAUAUGCACCUCGCGGAUUUUUUACCUCGACCUUAAUGGGCGAACACAAGUGGGAUCUGCGCCGAAGACUACACGAGCUAAAGCACUGGAACGUGAUUGAUAUAGGAGAAAGUGUGGCGAAACUGUUUUACAAAGAGGACCACGAAAAAGAUGAUUACGACCAGUUGGCUAGUACUAGUGGAGGAUCUGGCUGUUCCUACACGGAAGAAAAGGCUAAUUUCCUCUCGUCCCAUGAUGACCUGGCAGAGCGGAUUGGGACAGAAGUGUAUCAGUUAAGCAGGGUUGAAGCAUUUCAUUUUUCCAUGCUUUUCUCAUUUCAGAUUGUUCUUUAGCACAAAUGAAAUGCUUCAACCUCUAAAUCAGCACAACCUGACCAUGCGGGGAUCGUAUCAUGCACGAGCACUGCGCCUUUUGGACUGGCUCAAAGUCGGGAACCAGAGGACAGUUCAAGCAUUGUUAUGUUGAAUAGAAAAUGAUGUUGAAUAGACGAAGAGAUACGAAGAAGUUCUACGGCCGUCCUCGGGGUCGGGGGACACAUCACUGUAGUUUAUACAUAUUUUUAUUAGAACAACAAGGGCUUACUUUGAUCUAAUACAUAUUAGAAUUAUCUAGUAUUCGUACAACCGCGAGUGGCAGAGAAGGAGGACCAUAUGUAUCUACUCCUACUCGUACAACCGCCAGUGGCAGAGACGGAGGACCAGAGAUGCCAUGAUGAUGUGUAUCAAUUCCUAUUUUUAUCACGAUCCGUAGGAAAACUAAGCAUCAUAAUUCAACACUAGCCAGCACAUGGAAAGGAAGCCUACUCAACACCGCUAACCCUUGUCCGCUACAUUCCUCGCAGAGUCCACACUUUGGGACCCAAGCUGACAGUCGACACUUUGAUAGCAGCUUCGAACCUAGGAAUGCGUCCCAUGACGGUGUAUCAUCGCAUCACUGGCGAGCGGUUCUUUCGGAUGCUGGCUUUUCAUAUUGGAAAACAUUUGGAUUCCGGGAAAUUGGGAAGAC